CUAGCCCUGGCCCUGGGGCAUUGAAGCAUGUCUAUAGAGCCCACGUCGAACGUCAAGGUCGACGUCCUUGCAGGUCAUCUCGGCCAUCUCACAGAGGCACAGCAGGAGGCGUUUGCUUCCUUCCGCAAGAAUCUCGCUGAAGCUCAGCUUUACGUACCAGCCGACGAUGGAGUCUCUGAGCGUGCAUCUCACGAUGAGCCCACCUUACUACGCUUUCUCCGGGCCCGCCGGUUCGACCCAAAGAAAGCCCAAAGGCAAUUCGCGGAUGCUGAGGCAUGGCGAACGAAGAACAAUGUAGACGAGUUGUACGCGACUUUCCCCGUGGACGAAUUAGAGACGUCGAGGCGAUUCUAUCCCCGCUGGACAGGCCGUCGGGAUAAGCACGGUCUGCCGGUAUAUGUGUACCGAUUAGGGUCGCUUAAUGGUAGUUUGCAGAAAGAGCUGAACACUAUUCCUUCGGAGCGGAGAUACCAACGAAUACUUUCCCUCUACGAAGCAAUGACGCGCUUUGUUCUCCCAUUAUGUACCCAUCUUCCUCACUCUACAUCUCCGACACCCAUUUCAUCGGUCACGACCAUCAUCGACCUCGAGAACGCCUCAUUGGGCACGCUGUGGAAUUGGAGAAAGCACCUUCAAGAGGCCUCGGCGCUCGCCACAGCGAACUACCCUGAGACUUUGAGCACAAUCGCCGUCGUCAACGCACCAUCGUUCUUCCCAACCGUCUGGGGCUGGAUCAAGCCGUGGUUUGACGAGGGAACCCGUAACAAGGUAUUCGUGCUGGGAAAGGACCCAGGCUCGACUCUGCGCAGCCUCAUCGACCCACAGGACUUACCAAAGCCGUACGGUGGCGAGCUCGAGUGGAAGUACGAAGAUGAGCCAUCGCUAGACGCAGCUGCCAAGGAAGUUAUAGGUGAAAUGCCCAAGGGACCAGUCGUAUUCGUAGACGGCAAGGUUGAGCAGCCACCCAAGGGCAAGAUUGCUGCCGGAACCAGCCAGACUCAACCGUAGUAGUGAGUUGUGUGCUCCUCAGUGCUCCUCCUAGUUGUAGAUCUAGAUAAUUCAUUUAUCGAUGCUUAUAUUGGACGAACGUACAUGGUCACUUAGCUCGUCUUGUGUAUUCUGCACUUCAAUUUAGGU